GAUCCAAUCCCCGGAGGAUUGUGCGAUUUAUCCAAAUACCGAGCUACCGGCCACUCAGGGCUGGGCUGCAGGAUAAAGGAGGAAAUGCCGCCUCCGAUACCCCUGAACACAAGCAUUAGCAUGGAAGGGAAAGUGGAUUCGGGUGCCAACUGCCAAGAGGCCGGAUAGACUUAUGCCACCUUCCCAAUCCGGGCGGUGCUUGUGCAACGCCGAGAGCAUGGCCAUGCCGUCGACACCGCACCCGGGGUUGGACCUGCCCGACGCGGCAGCAGCCUAGCACCGAAGGAGCAGUAUGCCAUCACCGUGCUUCUCGCGCAAACGGCAACGAUUAUUACUUGAAGACGGCUCAUCCGAGUCUUCAGUCUGGAAGUCAGGAUCAGCGCUCCUCGUCGGUCCUCCGUGAUCCGUCCCUAUCCUAUCCCCUCCCUCAAGAUGCAGCGUCUCGUGUCCAUCUGUGUCGCGGCUGCUGCCCUGGCCGCGGUCACGGUCACGGCCAUCGAGCCUGCCCGCCUGCCCCAUCAGCCGCUCGGCAACGGCACCAAGCUGCUCACGUACGACAUCACCACGGGCAGCCCGGGCCAGCUGGGCUCGUCGACCACGUCUUACACGUGGGUCGACUCAGAGAAGGACGGGUCGUUCAUCACCAGGGCCAGCGACGGCUCCUUUGUCUUUGGCGACGUCGUCGCCGGCAACACGACCACCUUCCUGGCCGCCGACAAGAUCCCCGCCGACUACCAUGACUACUGGAUCUCGCCCGACUAUUCCAGGGUCCUCUGGGCUGUUAAUCAUACUAAGCAGUACCGCUACUCGUACUUUGCCGACUACCUCGUGCAGGACGUCGCGUCGGGCACCACGCAGUCGCUCGUCGGCGGCUCCACGGGCGACGUGCAGUACGCCGCGUGGAACCCGGCGUCGUCGUCGCAGAUCGCCUUUGUGCGCGGCAACAACUUGUUCCUCUGGAGCAACGGCACGGUGGGCCAGGUCACGGCUGACGGCGGGCCGGACCUGUUCAACGCCGUGCCCGACUGGGUGUACGAAGAAGAGAUCCUGGGGAGUAACUCGGCCCUGUGGUUCUCGCCCGACGGCGCGUACGUAGCCUUUCUGAGCUUCAACGAGACGGGCGUCGACACCUUCACCAUCCCGUACUACAUGGACGGCCAGAGCUCGGCGCCGCCGUACCCGCGCCAGCUCGACCUGCGCUACCCCAAGGUCGGCACCACCAACCCCACCGUGGCCUUCCACCUCGUCAGCACCGCGGACCUGGCCGCCGUCGCGAUUCCAGUCGACGUGUGGCCCGCCGACGACCUUAUCAUCGGCGAGGUGGCCUGGCUGACGGGCGCGCACGACAAGGUCGUCUACCGCGCCUUCAACCGCGUGCAGGACCACGAGAAACUCGUACUGGUCGACACUGCGUCCAGAUUGUCGACCGUUGUCCGGCAGCGCGACGGCUCGGACGGCUGGCUCGAGAACAAUGCCGCCAUCCGCUACAUUGGCGCCGUCAACGCCAGCUCGCACCGAACAACAAACGGCACUGGGUCCGGGGCUAAGUACUACCUCGACCUGUCGGACGAGUCGGGCUGGAACCACAUCUACCUGUUCCCGGUCGACGGCGACAGCAGCGGCAAGAUCGCGCUCACGUCGGGCGAGUGGGAGGUGGCGGCCAUUCUCAAGAUCGACGCGGCGCGCGGGCUGGUGCACUACACGUCGACGCAGCGGCACAGCACCGAGCGGCACCUGUACUCUGUAUCAUGGAUCACGGGCGCCAAAACGGCGCUGGCCGACGACAGCGUGGCGGGGGUGUGGAGCGCGUCGUUCUCGGCCGGCGGCGGGUACUAUGUGCGGCGUUACGGCGGGCCCGACGUGCCGUACCAAGAACUCUUCUCCAUUGACGCGCCCGCCACGCCCCUGCGCACCGUCAAUGACAACGCCCGCCUGUACAACCUGCUGCAGACGUACCGCUUACCCAACAUCACGUAUCUCGAGCUCGCACACCCGGCCGGGUACACGCUCAACGCCAUGCUGCGGCUGCCGGCCAACUUCUCCCCCGCCAAGACCUACCCGGUCCUCCUAACCCCCUACGGCGGGCCCAACGCGCAGCAGGUGACUAAGGGCUUUGCGUCGCUCAACUGGAACGCCUACAUCGCGUCGGACCCGGAGCUCGAGUACAUCACGCUCACCGUCGACAACCGCGGCACGGGGUUCAAGGGGCGGGCGUUCCGGUCGCUCGUGGCGGGGCGGCUCGGCGAGCUCGAAGCGGCCGACCAGAUCUGGGCCGCGAAAGAACUGGCCAAAAACCCGUGGGUCGACGCCGCCAAGAUCGCCAUCUGGGGCUGGUCGUACGGCGGAUACCUGGCCGCCAAGGUUGUCGAGGCCGGCGACGCCAUCGUCUCGCUCGGCAUCGCCACCGCGCCCGUCGCCGACUGGCGCCUGUACGACUCCAUGUACACGGAGCGGUACAUGAAGACGCCUUCGCUCAACCCGGCCGGGUACGCCGCGUCCUCCGUGCACGACGCCGCGGGCUUCAAAUCUAUCGCGGGCGGCUUCCUCGUGCAGCACGGCACGGGCGACGACAACGUGCACUUCCAGAACUCGGCGGCGCUGGUCGACCUGCUGAUGGGUGCAAAGGUAAGCCCGGAGAAGCUCGCCGUGGCCUGGUUCACCGACUCGGACCACAGCAUUAACUACCACAAUGCCGGCGCGUACUUGUACAAGCAGCUGUCGAAGAAGCUGUUUGACGAGAAGGCGCGGGUGGGGAAUAGUACCAGCGGGCAUCAGUGGAGUAGGCGGAAGGUCGUGGCUUGAGUCUGGCCGUGUCUAGGUAAUCAUUGAUUGCGUGGUUGGGUUGGUGUGCCGGGAAAUACUCGAUAUCCUGUAAUGAAC